CUUCAAAACUUUGUGACCAGAAACCAGAAAGGAAAAUAGAUUCUAGCUAAAGCUAAGCACAUGGCCAAACAACAAGGCAAGUGCAUGAACCCCGAGGGAUAUAAAUAGGGAUUCAGUCGUAACAUUUUCCAUCCAAAAUAGCCAACCAGUCGUCAAACCUCUUACGCCUCUCCUUUGUCCCCUUAAACCCCCUCUCCGAUCUAGUCAGGUGUUUAGCAAAAAUGAGCAGGGAUCCUUUGGUUGUGGGCAGGGUUGUUGGAGAUGUUUUGGACCCCUUCACAAGGACUACUACCACCCUUAAGGUGACGUAUGGGUCCAAAGAUGUUAGCAAUGGGAAAGCGUUUAAGCCUUCGCAAGUGUGCAUCCAGCCUACGGUAGAAGUCGGAGGGAAUGAUCUGAGAACCUUUUACACACUUGUGAUGGUAGACCCAGAUGCUCCUAGUCCAAGUGACCCUACCUUAAGGGAAUACCUUCACUGGCUGGUGACUGAUAUCCCAGGAACCACAGAAGCGAAAUAUGGGCAAGAGGUGGUGUGCUACGAGAACCCACGGCCAUCUCUUGGCAUCCAUCGCAUCGUAUUUGUGCUGUUUCAGCAGCUGGGAAGGCAGAUUGUCUAUGCACCAGGCUGGCGUCAGAACUUCAACACCAGAGACUUUGCAGAGCUCUACAAUCUCGGUUCUCCAGUGGCUGCUGUGUAUUACAAUUGCCAGAGAGAGUCUGGAUCAGGCGGACGAAGGAUGUACCUGUAAUUAUCAGCAUAUGCUUCCUUCUGGAACUAAUAUGUGUUUAUACGAUUCAUAUAAAUAAAGAACUAGGGGCAAGGGGGUUAUGUAUGGGUAACUGCGCGCAGGCCCUUUAUACAGUCAUUAGGUACUAUAAGUAUGUUGGUUAGUCAAGAAUUGUCAUGAUAGUUUAGAUAUAUAAGUUAAUUUGGUAUUA